AUGGGUAAGCACGACAAGAAAACAGGCAAAGGUCGUUUGGAUAAGUUCUAUCGAUUAGCGAAAGAACAAGGUUAUAGAGCUCGUUCCGCUUUCAAGCUUGUCCACUUGAAUCGAAAAUAUGAUCUCUUGUCGAAAUCCAAAUGUGUUAUCGAUCUGUGUGCCGCUCCAGGAGGUUGGCUACAAGUAGCAGAGAAAUACAUGCCUAAAGGAUCAUUGAUCAUUGGUGUUGAUCUAAACCCAAUCAAACCUCUACCUCACGUAACGACUUUCGUAUCGGAUAUCACUACACCUCAUUGUCGACAGAUGCUGAAACAGCAUAUGCACGAUUGGAAAGCCGAUUUGGUGAUGCAUGAUGGUGCACCCAACGUCGGUUCAGCAUGGGUUCAAGAUGCUUUCACUCAAAACGAAUUGGUAUUACAAUCUUUGAAGUUGGCUACGGAAUUCUUGGUUAAAGGUGGUAAUUUCGUCACGAAAGUGUUUAGAUCUCAAGAUUAUAAUUCUUUGAUGUGGGUGUUUGGUCAGUUGUUCAAGAGUGUAGAAGCUACGAAACCCCCUUCGUCGAGAAACGUAUCCGCAGAAAUCUUCGUUGUCUGCCGAGAUUUCAUUGCUCCCAAGCACAUUGAUCCCAAAUUCCUUGACCCCAAACAUGUUUUCAAAGAUCUCGCCCCAUUGCCCACAUCCAUCACUGAACUCCCCAACACCACCGAAGAAGCUUCCGUAGCCGCUACUCAAGCCUCCACUUCCACCGCCGCAGCAGCUGCUGCCCGACUCGCCGCCAACUCACAUGCCCAUUCCAACGUCUUUGCUCCGGAGAAAAAGAGGAGACAUAGAGAAGGUUACGCGGAUGGUGAUUAUACGUUGUAUCACACUGCAACAGCAAAGGAAUUCAUCAAGGGUGUGGAUCCCGUACUGCUAUUGGGUGGUAUGAAUAAGAUUACUUUCGAGACUGAUGAAGAAAAACAAUGGCUCAAAUCUCGUCAUACGACUCCCGAUGUGGUUGCCAACUGUAACGAUCUGAAAGUAUUGGGUAAAGGCGAUUUCAAGGCUUUGAUGAAAUGGAGAUUAGCUAUCAGGCUUGAAAUCGGGUUAGAUGUAAAGGCAGAGACUACUGCAGAUGCAACCGAAGAAAUCACCGUUGAACCUAUAGAUGAGGAGGAGCAGAUCACGGAAGAUUUGAAAAAACUACAAGAAGCCAAAUCAGCCAGAACGAAACGAGAGCGUAAACGAGCCAAUGAGAAGAAAGCCAAAGAAUUACUCAAACUUCAACUCAAUAUGACUGCUCCAGAAGAUCUAGAUACGAACGAUCUAGCUUUGAAAGGCGAAGAAGAGAUAUUCGAUUUGGAGGAAGGUGAAGCCGAAGCGGCAAGACAAGGCAAAUCUUCAAAGAAAUCUUUAAGGGAUAUAGUGAAUGAUGAAGAUGGUAUGGAUUACGAAUCAUCAGCUUCCUCCGAAGAAGGGGAUGAGGAAGAUGAUGAGAUUUUAGAUUCGGAUGAAGAGAGGGAAAGGAAGACUGCCAUGUUGGAAGGUGAAUUAGAUGGAUUGUAUGAGACUUACAAAGAGAGAAUGCAAGAGAGGGACGCUAAAUGGAAAGUGAAGAAUGAAAGGAAUAAAGAUAAGAAUUUCGAUGCUUGGCAUGGUAUCAAGGAGAAUAAAUCGGAUGAUGAAGAUGCGGAAGAAGAUGAACAAGACGAAGAAGGUGGUUGGGAUUUGGUACAAGGUAGAAAAGCGGAUGAUGAAGAUUCCGACUCUGAUUCGGAUUCUGAUGAAGAUGAAGGAGAAGAUAUAGACGAAGAAGAGAUCAAGAAGCCCAAGAAAGUCAAGAGCAGAAGUGUCAAGUUCGAACAAGCUCAACCUAAAUCCAGGAAUAACACUUCCUUGGUCACUUCGUUACAAGAACCUGAGAAGAGAGCUCAAAUGAGUAGACAAGCCCAGCUGUGGUUCGACCAAUCCGUCUUCAAGGGUGUUGGUGAUCUAGCUGCUCUCGAUGGUGAUGAUGAGGAUGAGGAUGAGGAUGAGGAUGAGGAGGAUGAGACUGAAGUCGAGGAGGAGGAUGAGGAUGAAGAAAGUGAACAGGAUGAGGACGAAGAUGUCGAGAUGGAGUCUGACGAGGAAGAUGAAGGUAGCUCGACCUUACAGGAUGAUCAGGAUGAUGAGGACUUUGAGAUCGUACCUCAAGAAGAGGAGGACGACGGUACCGGCUGGGACGUAGAGGAUGAAGAUCAAGACGAGGUUAAGAGGAAGAUCAUCAAAGACAAAGGUCUUCUUACCGCCGAAGCAGUUACUCUAGCCACAUCAUUAGUCAACCGACAAAUCACAGCCUCUCAAUUAAUCGACCAAGGGUUCAACAAACUCUCAUCAUUCAACAAAGAUGGUUUACCAUCAUGGUUCUUGGAUGAUGAAUCGAAAUAUUACAAACCUAAUAUACCAAUUACGAAGGAAGCUGUUGAAGCUCUCAAAGCUAGACAGAGAGCGUUGGAUGCUAGACCUAUCAAGAAAGUGGCAGAAGCUAAACAGCGAAAGAAAUUCAAGGCCGUACAACGUAUGGAGAAAGCUAAGAAGAAGGCUGAUGACGUUAUGGGUUCAGAAGAGAUGGGUGAUGGAGAGAAAGCAAGACAGGUCAGAAGGAUGUUAGCUAAAGCUGCGAGAGGUAAACAGAAAGCUGCAGAAAAGAAAAUUGUUGUUGCUAAGGGUGUGAAUAGAGGUGUUAAAGGACGACCGAAGGGGGUCAAAGGGAAAUAUAAGAUUGUUGAUUCAAGGAUGAGGAAAGAGGUCAGAGCAUUGAAGCGAAUCAAGAAAGCCAACAAGAAGCGAUAG